UUAUUUUUUUUGUUAACAUUUCGUUGAUAAGGGCACAUUUCGCUGUGUUGACUUAAAAUGAUAAGGAUUGCAAUGUGCUAUAUAGAAACGAUCCAGCCGUGGUGUCGCUAGCCUUGAUUCGUGGCCAGUUUCAGGCCGUUCUCGGGGGAAACUUGGCUAGAUUUUCGUGGCAAAAAUGUCGCAAGAUGACGCCAGUCCAGCAGGAAAUAGUCAUCCCUCAAUUGGUCCGGAGCGAAUCAUCGCCAGCAGUGACGCUGCGCGGAGCACAGAAACUUUUACGCAAUCGACAUUCGAGGCUAAUAACGACAUAAACGAAGCAGAGCGAAAGGGUGAGCAAUGCCUGAGUAGUGAAGGCCCGGCGGCAGCAACUAGGCGUAAGUGCGUCCGAUUUACAACUUCUUCGAUCGCCGAUGAUGCUGCGCUGCGCAAGUUUAUCGAAGGUGACGAAAUAUUAGACCAGAGGAACCCUUUCAAGAAUGCUGAGCACACCUUUGGCGAGCUUGACGAUGGACAGUGCAUUAGCAUCGUGCACGAUAGAACAAGCAUUGACAAACCCGAUGCAAUGGACAACGACUUUAUAACGAAAGAUGAAAUAUUACGGCAAUCGAAAUAUGUAAAGACCUACAUUAAGAACCCCGACAAGCAGCUGAACUACGACGAAAGUGUUAUCCACAAAUUGAACGCCAUAAGGGCGACGGGACGUGACGUUCGAGAUGUGGUGGUCGUCGCACAAAUGCGCCCACCGAUACCGGCUCCCCGCACAAUCCGUCAUGAAACUAGUGACAGAAAUAACAACAACGAGGGGGCUAUCCGAUGGAAAGGCCACAAUGACCGUUUAAAAAUGCAACGCAAUGUUGGUAAGCCCGUUCCGCGCCUGCGACGUGUGUACAGCGAUUUGAAAGUUCGUACGGGUUUGGCCGAGGCCGAGAAAUCGUUGUACGAUUCAAACGAGGUCGUGCUGAACGCACUAAAGUUCGAUAGUCGCUUUCGAACGGUGGAGUUUGGUUCACAGGAUGACAUUGAUACGAUCGCGGAGAAAACGGACGACGGAGAUCCUGAAUCCGCCCUGGUGGGCGAAAGCGAGGAUGUUGUAGGAGACUGCGUUCCGCCAACGAUUCGCCUGCCGGAUCGAAAAUGCAAUGGAAGCGAAAAAGAGCCCAUAAAGCACGUCGCGACGGAUGACGGCAAAAAAUCCUUUUCCAAUACGGUUAAGAGUGCUGACUUUAGAAAAUAUCUGCACAGCAAAGGACUGUCUUUGGUCCCGGCCAAGCAAAAGUCGACGCUCGUGAACGUCGCUGACGAAGCGGGAGCUAUUCGUACCGGUGCCUCCACAACGCCGCGUGCAUCGACUAAACUUUCAGUACUAACAAAGUUCCUACAGAACAGCUUAUUCGCGACAAAAUCGGCUAGUGAUUCCACCUACCAACCCAUGCUACAGCGCUCAUCUACGCCAGUGCAACACAGCGGUAUACCGUUGCCCGCCCCUCGAUCGAGCACAGGUCGGCUCAUUAAACGGUCCGCUUCGGUGGACGCAAAACCAAAGCUUAACUUUAGACAGAUAAAGUACCUGGAUGAUGGGAACGUUGGCAACCAGGCUGGGUCACGGCCUGCUUCAGCCGUAGAUUUCAAUCGCUCUAAACUUCGCUCAUCCACUACCGACCGCCAAUCAGUCAACCGGCGCCCGAUGCGGCACGCAGGUGUUCAGGUGAACUUAGAGGGCGAUACGACAGACUCGGCUACAGUAACACAGUCGGAAGCUUUCCAACGUCGCCAGCUAGCUAACGAUCUAAAAGUUCCACCAACGUAUGUUAUUGCCGGUCAGCAUGCGAAGUUGCGCCGAGAAAACAGCUCCCGGAUGAAUGGUGGAACAUCGACGCACACGGUGGUUCCUGUGUACUCGGAACCGUUACGGGACGCGUCGAUGAUAACGAAUGUGGAAGGGCGCCGCGGUGAUCCGAUAAGCUAUCACAUUUACGAACAAACACCGGACAAUCUGCGCCGUGAGAUGCUGUACGGAAGAAUAGGCUAUCUAAACAACAGUCAGCUGAGCGCAUGGCACCCACAGGAUCGCCGGUCGUUCAGCAGCAUGCAGGAAGGGCCAACCUAUGGUCGGAUUCGUCCUCCCUACGUUUCCUCGCCCCUCUCGACACAAUCCACACCAGUCCGCCGCACAUCCGACACGCUCAAUCGACAACAAAUCCUACAAAAGGUGUAUGACUUCUAUCGCCGCUCAGUACGGGCCAGCACAACUUCCGUCGCAAAUGCAGGCAUGGUGGCGGUUGAUCGUGCACAGCCGAAAAACGGUGCACCGUUAUUUCUAUUCGAGCGACAGCAUCGCGUACAGCGUGCGCAAAGCUUGAACGAUGCACGCGUAACGCCGGCCCAUCAUGGCCCCCUGCUUGCCCCUGCAGCUCAUCCGAGACCAAAUGCGUCGAAAGACCGUCAACCGAAUCAGCACGAUAGGAACAUCGAAAACAUUUACGCCUUCGUGCACAAGAAAAUGCACCAGCUCAAUGUACACGGUGAACCCCGUAGCAUCGCUAGUAGGCCGGUUGCGGGUUCAAGGCCAUCUACGGCCACUUUUCCGCGGCGGGUGACGUUUUUUAACAGCCAACAGGCCCUACCUCCACUACCGAGUUCGCAUGCAAUCGAAGAAGCGGACUACGUCAACAUUCGCGGUGCCCCCGAUGAGGAUGACUGGCAGAAUGAUAAAAGUAAUAGGAAUCAACCGAAUGAUCAAGGGGUGGACGAUAGGCGGCGAUCGGCACGUAGCCGCGAGGACCCCCGUCGGCACACGCUUGGAGGUGAUAUGCUUCAGUAUCAGGCACAAACGCAACCGCCCAACAUUCAACGAUCGCUCGAAUUUGAGAACGCUCAAAUGCGCGUCUAUACUCCGACCAAUCAAGGUCCACUGUUCGACGAUGAUCCCGGCAUCAUGUCGGAAGCGGAAACAGCCAGCACCGGGUUUCGUCGUGGCGGAAAGCAACGGUCAUCGCUUCCGGUGGUGCGAACGCCUUCCAAGACACUCGAACGGCCACUGGGGCUGGUCUUUUUGCAGUACCGUUCGGAGACGAAGCGAGCCUUGCUGCCAAACGAAAUCACUUCCAUCGACACCGUGCGGGCGCUGUUUGUGCGUUCUUUUCCAAGGCAACUGACGAUGCAGUACCUCGAGGGUCCGAACGUGAAGAUCUACAUCCAUGAUUCUAGCAAAGAUAUGUUCUAUGAGCUGGAGGACGUGAGAUCACACCUUCGCGAGAUCAGGGAUCGAUCGGUGUUGCGGUUGUUUGAGUCGAACGAGGUGAGCGCUCCGCAGAUGUUGCCGGGGGGACAGAACAUUCCACAACCACUGCAGCCGGCGGCUAUUCCGAACCAAUGGGAUCAGGAACAGAGCUAUUUCAGCGAACCUGAGUUUGACUCGGAAUACCAGCAUCAGCACAUCCACAAGAGCAAGCAGCCAACCAAAACUCCCUACUACGUGGGUACAACCCAAACCCUGCCGAGAGGCAUGUAUUCCGACAGGAACAAAGGUGCGAUAGGUGUAGUAUCAAAACCGAUCAGGUCAUAUGGGUCGCGCAGCAAUAUGGCGGCACCAAUGCCGUACACUACCGAGCAGUUGUACAACAUUCCAGACGGUUACAUGAGUUCUCCUGAGCGCAGUGGUGCUUCAAGAGGGGCCUACGAGGAGCCCUACUAUAGCCAAUAUGGAACCCGAUCAGCGGCUGUGGCGCCAAUUAUUGACGAAGAACAGGGGGAUAUAUCCAUCGCCGACGACCAGUACGCCAUGUACGGUGUGAAGAAUGUUGGACGAAUUCCACGAGUGCCACCCAACCAAAUGUAUGAUCACACAAGAUCAGAAGAUCUGCACAGAAUACGGGUUGAGCACAUGGAACGGCAGCUGGCAAAUCUAACCGGAUUGGUGCAGAAAGCUCUCACACAAAAUCCUUCGAUACCACUAGUUAACAAUACCCCAAACAUUCUAAACAUCCCAGGACAAUAUCGUAACGCUGAAGCUACUGGAGAUGGUACGGUUUGCACGCGCGAAAAACCGCCUAAAUUGGGAAAAUCAACGUGUCACAAGUCGGUUUCGUUCGAAAAAUCUGUCUCGUUCAGCGAUGACAUUCAAGGCGUGCAAAAGUCUCACAGCCCUCAGCAUUCUGCGGAUUCUAAACCUCCGAAACCUGCGAUAAAGUCGUCCACUUUGCCUAGAACAUCAUCCCAAGAACGGGACCGCUUAAAACCUCCACCUCCACCGAAGCCCCUCGUAAUGGCUCCCGGAAACCAGUACCGAACUGACCUUACCCUUGCACCGGAAGUCUACAAUCAAUUGCGCGGUUUGCAGAAGAAAGCGAUGGACUUGCGCACAGAGGCGCGUACGCUUCGUCGGUUAACGCAAACUCAAGCUGUAGCCGUUCGGGAGGACAUCAAAGACACAUUUAUGAGAAUUCGUGCCACUCUUUUAUCAAACACUGGCUUUGCGUGGGGCCAGGAUGAUAAGGAACGGACUAAUCUUACUAGAGAAGAAGAAAUCUACAAGCAGGAGGUGAUACGUUUGGAAAAAGAUCUGGCUGACUUGGAAUCCUCCGUGGAAGGUCUACGAGGAGAGGUGAUUAACAGACGAACUCGGGUCAAUAUGGUUGCGGUGGAAGAUAUGGCGCUGGUUCUCAGUCGGGCAAGCAAAACCGUGGCUGAGCUGAAGAUGCGUUUUCCGGUACUGCAACAAGGGUUGCGGAAUUUGAUUUCCAGCGAAAUGGAACGGGUUUGCCGCGAGGAAGCUUUCCUCAAAGAUGAACCCGAUCGUUUGGAAAACGCGUUGCGACGGUGUAAAAAACUUACUGGAACGCUUGUAACACUUAAAAGACUUGCGAGCGUUCAGGAGCAGCGUUUGCCUAUUCCUGACACAACCAUCGUGGACGAAACGGUCAAACCUCCGGAAACGCAUCACACCGUUAAUAAGCCAAUCCCAAGUCCCCGUCUGGGGACAACCAUUACCAGUGGAGGGAUCGCCCCAGAAAACGCACUCGAUGCUUUGCUAGAUGAGCUCCAAACAUUUGCCAAACCACCUAAUGGUGUUAGCGAGCACCGUCCGGACGACUCAACGUCGGACGACAGUUCACAAACGCUCCAGAACAGCAUCACAACCAAGAUCUCGCAGUCACAGCUGUACCCAUCAGAGCCCCACUCAUCGAAUGUCGGCUUGCGGCGGCUUCAUUCGUAUCCGAGCGGUUCGGAUACCGAUACGAGCCCACCGCAGCCGAAUCGUCCGAACUCCUGCAAGCCACCGGUUCCGGAGCGUAACGCCGAUCUGCUGUCAAAGGUAAACAACAAGCGCGUGCCACCCCCGCCGCCACCGCGCACAAGUUCCCGAAGUCCACUGGCGAGUCCGACUACCCCGCAUGUACCGCACCACCGUGGUGGCCAUCAGUCGUCGGUCACACUUUCCGACUGCGACCAACAGCAGCGCACUUCGGAGGGUACCGAUUCUGGCAGCGAGUCCGUCUGCUCAGACAACUCUCAACGCCAGCUCGCCUUAGAGUUGCGCCAUCAGGAGCUGCUGAAGAAGCAGCGACAGCUCCAGGAACAGUACCAACGCCUCCAGCAAAUGAGCAAAAAUGCGGUCCCACUGGCGCCGGGAACCAUCAGCCAUGAUAUCAAAAAGACGGGCAGCGAGUCGAAUCUUCCAAUGAAAAUGGGCUACUCAAUGACGGUUAGUGGCUCGAUGAAGAACCUGUGCGUUGGUGACGGUGCCAACACCUUCGAUCCGGCAGCUACCAUACUUGGCCAUACCAACAACUCCAGCAACAUCGAAAUGCAGUAUCAAGAUGAUAAUGAUCAAUCGCUAAGCUCGAAUGCGUCGGAUGGCCCUGUGAAUGGCAAACUAGGAACACUACCACCCCACUUAACCAAAACGACCAACAAGGUUUACGAAACUGACAUUUUGUAAUUUGUGCAACCGCCGCCUACUAUUCGGUGUUCGUUAAGCUUGAUGGAAAUCCAGUAAAGGGCCUCCCAUGUGCCAAACAGCGAGAAACUGCACGUAACAGCACAAUAAGAAACGCACGCAUUUGUAAAAAUCAUGUUAAACUUUCUUUCAACCGAACUGAUGUGUGAUGUUCUAGGGAGGCGAUAGAGCAGUUGCCAUUUUGUAAUUUUUGUUUUCAUAUAUCGUUACAUUUGCACCAUACAUUCCUUUUUGAUACUUGAGUUCAUAGUCAAAUGUGCCCUAAUCAGCGCCCUCUAAUCAGCGAAUAAGAGCAUCGUUGUGCUCGUGGUCUCGUGUCGUACAAUAUGAGUUGGGUUGACACCGUUAACUUGACAGCAUGCUGCACUUCUGUAGGCCAAACAGUUAACCAAAAAACCUAGUAGACACUGAGAAUUCUGCUAACGAUUUAUAAAGUUACUUUUAUUCGUUGUUGCCACAAUUUAAAUUAGGUGUACCAUAAAGUUUCCUCAUACCCAUAACAUUUCCGACACUGGUAGCAUCCGUUUACGGUAGGAUCAUCACAAACACUACACUUUUUGAGGCACUAAGCGUGAACUUGUACAAAUGAUGGAAGGCAAACUAGUUACAACGCCCAAGAUGCUAAUCUUUAGUCAUUCCCGCCUUACACUCCUAAGCACUACCGAAAUAUAAAGCAAAAUAAACGCAAAGCCAAAACAUGGUGUAAGACGACGGCCCAUUUUCGCAAUACGAAUUACACUUUCACUAUGUAAACCGUUCGAUGUGGCAACCUUAGAGUAACUCCAAGUCGAUGGCCAAUUGUUGCCAAAGUUGGGGUGAUUAAACACUGCAUGAACAAGUUGCAAAGGGGGAAAACAACAUUUUGUUAAAUUUUUAUUCAUUGUACAAGUGAUAAAAGUAAAUGUGACGAAAACCACGAAACGAAGAAAGUUGUUCCUUGCACUUCACGGAAUAUAAGUACAAGUAAACCGCAUAGUUCAUCAAAGUAAGCAACACUGUGUAGAGGAAGCAAAAAAGAGGGAUAGAGAAAGUUAUAAAAAAAAAACAAGGAAGCGUAAAAGAAGCAGCACAACUUAACAACUAACAUCGAGCUCUUGUGGCAUUACCGGAGGGAAUGCUGGGCCGAAAAGUGUGACGUGUGACGUGGAAUUCGCAAAGUAGAAAAUUAUGAAUCUGCAACUAUGUGUACCCAUGGAGCACGACGAGAAUCCUAGUCAAAUUCAAGAGUAAUGUUUGUAAAUGUAAUGCAUGUGCUUGAGAAACGAACACACAGACACUUACUUGCAGCAAUGAAAUGACUAAUUGUAUCCACCAGCGGUGCACAAACCUCAAAGCAAGCCCUGAUGGUCUCCAAUGCCUGUGUUUCACGAUGCAAGGCAAGUCCCGAUUAGUUUGACUGUAAAUCCGAACGAUGCAAUCUGAAAGAGCAAAGCCAAACGUAGCCACUGUCUUGAUUCGUGUGAAAGAGUCAUUCGGUAGCCGAUUGCAGAAGAAGUUUGUUGUUUUCGAAUCCGUAAUUUUUGGACACAAAUGUUCGACGAUAUUAUUAAGGGCAUUAUUGGUGCAGCCACGCCAUGUGCAUGUUGGUAGGAAGUUUUAGAAAAGUGCUUGGUUCUGCCAAAACAUCGACUACGGAGAAGUUUUGUCCAAGUGCAAAGUGCUCACCGAAAACCUGAUUGAAUGUGGACCCGAAUUCGAUCGUUCUUAGUAAAAUAUGUAUUAAAAUCAAUAAAGUAAGAAACACGGGCAAAAGUAUAACGUUGACUCUCCUCAUGUUUACCGAAUUUGUUAUCCAAUGCCCCGGCGCAGCACGUAGCUCACAAGAGCAGCAUCAAGAGCAAACCAUCAUCACCCCAAAAAUGAUCUAGCGCUUACACAACCAAUCCGCAAAAUUAGUCUAUAAACGUGAAUCAUUCUAACAGGCGAAGUACUGCGAGUAGAUGAUUAUAAUUGAUGCGACUCAGCUUUCUAAUCGAAACGUUAUCAAACCAAUCUCACCGCCACUAUCGAAUGCAUUGAUAUAUAAACAUGGUACACCCUAGUGUGUAAUAUGGCAUAAACAUAUAAACGUACACCGCCAAACUCCCAGCC